GCGGCGCGGCGAUGGGGCCCGGGCGGUGAUGGCGGAGCUGCGGCAGGAGGCGGUGGUGGGAUUCCUGGCUUCGCGGGGCGGGCGGGCGCCGAACGCGGAGCUGCUGGAGCAUUUCCGCGAGUGGCUCAGCCCCGCGGAGCGCGACAGCCGCGACGCCGCUCGCCGGCGGUUCAAAGAGCUGGUCAACGCCGUGGCCACCGUGCGCCAGGAGCCCGGCACCGGCGUCAAAUACGUGCAUCUCCGCCGCCGCUUCUGCCCGCCGGAGGCUCCCCGCGCCGCCACGACCCCCGGGGAGAAGGAGGAGGGCGCUGCUGGGGACGCCGAGGAUGCUCCGGCGUCGGGCGGGGAUGCGGGCGGCCGCGCUCCCCCUGCGGCGGGGCGGCGGGGCGAGCCCCCCCGCGCGGGCGGCGGGCAGCGCCGGGGCUCCCGGCGGGGCGGCGAGGACGAGGAGGCGGCGGCGGGGGGCGGCGGGCGGCGUGGCCAGCGGGAGCCGCAGCGCUCGCCCCAGCCCAAGCGCGGAGCGGUGACCCGCGGCCGCGACUCGGACAGUGCCUCGGUGGCGUCCGAGGAGGAGGGAAGCACCGGCGGGUCGGUGGCUUUGGACCCGCUGGAGCACGCCUGGAUGCUAUCGGCUUCUGACGGGCGGUGGGAGAGCCUGGAGGGGCUGCUGAGCUGCGAGCCGGCGCUGCUCUGCAAGAGGGACUUCAUCACCGGGUUCACGGUGCUGCACUGGGCCGCCAAGCACGGGCGGCAGGAGCUCCUGGCCACCUUGGUCAACUUCGCCCAGAGGCACCGGCUGCCCGUGGACAUCAACGCCCGCACGAGCGGCGGGCACACGGCGCUGCACAUCGCCGCCAUGCACGGACACGCCGAGGUGGUGAAGCUGCUGGUGGGAGCCUUCGACGCCGAUGUGGACAUCCGAGACUACAGCGGGCGGAAAGCUGCGCAGUACCUGCACCAGGGCACCUCGGGGGACAUGAGGAGCCUGGUGGGAGCUUUGGACGAAGAGGAGGAGGAGGAGGACGGGGAGGAAGGGGCCGCCGGGAAUGGGAGCGGGCGCUGGAGGCUUUCCAAGGUGUUGCCUUCCAACCUCAUCGGCUACCGGCUCUCCCACCACCACCAUCACCAUCACAGCGCUGGGGAUGAAGCUGAGGGCACCGAAGGGGCAGCGGUGCCAGGCAAGGGCAAGGAGAUGGCCAGGAAAGCCUCCGGCAGCGGGCGGAUGAAGCCACGGCUUAAUAAGAUCCGCUUCAGGACUCAGAUCAUCCACAACACGCCCUCCUUUCGCGGUGACGCCGAAGAAGAAGAGCAGGAGGAAAAAUCCCUGAAAGCAUCAUUCAAGCUCAGGCCAAAGUCCAAUGUCUUUGGAUAAGACUGGGGAGCCAGAGGUCUGGGAGGUGGGCAUAUGGACCGAAGUGCCCUAGGGUGUAGUGCAGAAGGUGAGGCAGGUACCAGCGGGUGCUCGUCUAGACUUCUGUGCUCCAGGGACAUGGGUCCCGAGUAUCUUCCUCUAACUCGGUUUGGUGGGUCCAGUGAGCCCGGUGGGUCAACGGGGCUCUGGUAGCUUACAACUCCUGAGGGCAGCAGCUUCAGCUGGGCCCUCGGUGAUGAAAUGAGAGGUAGGAAAUGUAUAGAGAAACACUGGGUUGUUCAAAAGCUGCAAAAGCUUUCUCUCUAAAGGCAGGCUUUGGGGUUGGAAACCUGAAUUAGAGAAUCAACUAGGAUUAGCAAGUUGAGGGGGGGAAGGAAAAGUGCAAAUGCUCUACUCUUAUUAACUGGUACUGUAAACUACUUACAAACAACUUGCUAUGUAAGAACAUCUCAGUAAUAUGCAAACAUACUCUAAGUUUCUCUUUAACAGCAAUACCACCUUGGCACAGUGUGGAGUUGGGUACCCAAAAUGAGAUGGUAGAUAGUGGUUUCCUGUCAGAAUCCAGGCUUUGAUCCAGCAAAGACUUAAGUCUGUGUUGACUUUAUGCAUUUCAAAAUUGAAAAUUGCCUGAUUUAACAUCAUGAAUAUAGCAAGAAGAAGAAAAAAAAAAAAAAAGAAAAACCCAAUCCAAAUCCAUUGCACUGCAAAUAUUGAAUAAAGUUAUCCAUGGGCAUAAGUCUCUGCUGUCGGAGGUACUACUGAGCUUGCUUAUUGCUGUUGGAGUACUAAUAGAAGGUAAUGGAAGCGAAGAGUCUUUUUAUGUAUUUGGUAUCUUAUGUUUUGUCUUAGGCAAAGCAGUUUUAUUUUAAUCACUGUGAAUUCUCAAGUGCCAGACCUAGCGCAGUUCCACUUAUUAAGUCUGGUUCAUUCUUGUUGAUGUUGUUUGUGUCACUCACUGCAUUUAAUAUCAGAAAAUUGUGUUGUGUGAGCUACCUGUGAAAGUCAUUCUCUUUUAGAAAAGACCACAGACACCAUUGCAUGAAAUCUCCAUCAAACUAAUAUGGCCUUGUAGUGUAACAGAUCUAUGUUCACCAGUAACUUGUGUGCCAAUCCCUUCAACUCAUUUGUGCAGAAUUGGGGAGGGGGAGAAGGGAAAAAAAAAAAAAAAGGAGGAUGUGUGAAUUCACACGUAAAGUGAAUAGUCAUAACUCUGAAACUCUAUUCCUGUUUAUCCUCCUGAGGGAAGGCAGCAUAAUAACAUGUUAUAGUUAAGUGAUGGCAAUGGUGUUUGAGUUCUUUUAAACCUGUGUUUCUAGAGAAGUGAUAAGCAAGGUUUUGAACUGUUGUUUAACAAACUAGUAAGUCUUAAUCUGAUUGACAAGCCUAUCCAUUUGCUAAAGCUUUCAGAAAUCUUGAUUCUUGUAUCUCUGCUUUAAAGGUACAAUUCCAGUGAAAUCUAGGAGGCAGGUUUGUAUCCAGACUAGGCUUUCCUAAGAAUAAGGUAUUGAACUGACCGUGAAUCCUGAAUGCUGCUCAAGGUAGAAGCUUAUCUGUGCAUAAAAGGUAUGGCCGAUUUCAAUGCAACAUUUGUCAAAGCAUGUUUUGAGUUGGCUUCCUCAGAAUGUGUAUGCAUGUCUGGCCUGUAACUAACCAAAAGCAAAUAGGCUUUGACAUGUUAAAAUCCAAAUUUGAUACACUGAUUAAAUGCAUGCCACAAGCUGCAGAAUGCCUCACAGGGAAACUGCUGCUGGGAGUUGUACGCUUUCAAGGUAACACUAUAGCUGUUGCUGGUGGCUUACUUUUCUUGUAGCAACAGGGGAAGGGAGUGCUAGCGAUUCCUUGGUUUCAGACUUCCUGUGCAGAUAAAUUACCAAUUUCUGGUCUUUGUGUCAAAACUUGAUAAAUGACAAUAUUUGCAUAGGCAUGCAAGCCACGCAUCACUAGUCUGGGAAAAGUUACAUGAAAAAAAAAUUAUCUCUGCAUAGGUGCUGGUCAUUGCUUUUGUGCUAAAAGACUAGAAAUUAUACAGAGGUUCAGCUUUAGUUUAUAAUUUAUAAGCUAUAAUAUUAUAGAUUUCAUGUGCCUUCAUUUUGGGUUGAUUGCCACAAAUGUGAUGGAUACAUUCAGUCUUGCAAAGCACUUUGUCUUUAUAUCUGUGGGACAGGACCAGGAAUUUUCCCUCAGCCCUUCCCAUUUAAGAUGUAAACUUGUACAACAGUGAGGUAUAUGAAAGCUGGGGGGGGGAAUCAUACACAUUAUACUGUAGAGCUAAUUAUUUUGUAAUGGAGAACAUAAUUAAACGUGUAAGUCUUAAACUUCCUUCACUCUGGAAGAUAAAUAGCUGUUUAGGCUUCUGUAGAAAGGAAGUUUUCUGACUGAAGAUUUGCAACGAGAGCUUUCUUCAGCAUGGCACAUCUGAAGUGAACAGGUACUCCAUACAACUACCUGUGUCCAAACCUCAUUAAAGUAACUUUCUGCUUUGAGAGUUUAUAGUUCUUUAAUAUGAACUGUUGAAGUGUUUAUCUCUUCACAUACAAAUAGCAAAGAAUUGCACAAAAAUACUGUCUUAGAUAGUUGUUGGGGUCUAGGGAAAUAAUUUGGAUGUUUCAGUGCUUUGGGAUUUGGAAUAUAGCACAGUUUGGUUUUAGGAGACUAACUGGAACAGUCUUAGCUUGCAUAGUACAGUAGAACUUCAUUAAUUACUAAGGGAACUUGAAAAAUGGUAAAAAGAUGCCUCGUUCAUAGCUUGUUCUCUGAAGUAUCAAAGUGAAACUGUUAGUCCACUCAUACCGUUUAGCUGUCAAUUAAUGGAAUUUCACCAUAAUGUCCAAAGGUCUCUGCGAGGUGGGGUUCAACAAAGCAAACAUCUCUGCUGAUGUUUGAGAUGUAUUGACCAAUGGCUAGAUAACCACUAGUGUCUGUCUGCGCUAUGGGACUAAAGCACUUUGAUUUCGCAUUACCACUUGUCACAUUCCACAUGGUUACUUUUUAUAACAUGAGCUAAAACUUAAGUUUUGUUUGGAGAUAGGAAAGGCUUGAUGCCCUGUUGCAGAAUAUUUACAGUCUAAAGGUACUCUCUAGUCAAAUAUUUUGGAUACGUUGCCUACAUAGGUGUGAAUUUGAAAUAAAGUUGUAUGGUACAGAAAACUGGAGCACUUACUGGUGUCUUUUCAGUGGUAUGCCUGAAGUUACUGAAUGUGUAUGCUCACUUUUUAAUGAUGGUGUGUUAAGGUAGCAAGACUGUAAUGUAGAUAUUUGAUAUCUUUUAUUGUAUUUUAUGUUUGAUUUUUUUUUUUAAAGGCCUGGAAGCCUGUCAGUUUUUAUUAAUGCAGGUUUUUAUGGGUGCCUUUCUGAAUGGUUGUGAGUAAGAAUCUGUAAGCUUAAGUUUUACUUAAAUAAAAAGAGCCCAUGAAUUGUUUAUGUUGAAUCAAUUUCUGUGCACUUCAUAUGUAGAUGCUACUCGCAUAUUGGCUGUUAAAACUACGUCCCAUUUUGGUGGGGACUUUUUAUUAUCAAAAUGUCUGAUAUCAUCUAACGCUCGAAGAGUAGGACGCAGAAGGAAUACAGUUGAGUUGUUUUUGCAAGACCGUAACAUUUUUCUUUGGCAGUUAGUCUCUAAUAGCUCAUGUCUAAGUAAAUGAAGACACAACAGAAUUUUUUUGUGGAGAAGUUUGUCUUAAUAAGGGCCUGGGAGAAUGGCAUGCUUAACUUAAAAUAGCAUCCUGACCUUAUUUCUUUGCAGCUAAAUAUCUCUGACUCCAGGAAGACUAACACUAGUUUGGGUCACUAUGUAAAGGUCAAUACCUAAUUUAAAAAGGUUUAAGAUUAAGGGGUUUUGUCAUAUGUCUUAACUACACCUGACUGCUUCUCUAAAGGGGAGUUUCAUUUCAUGACCGUGACAGACUGGGAUUUGGUAUAUCUAAACAUGCCUUCAAUUCAUUGUCU